AUGCAGCCCGCGAGAACCCUCCUGGGCCUCUCCAUCGCGUGCUCUCUCGACGCUCUCGACUUUCCGGAGGAACCAGGGCGCUUCAACCCGAAUGAGUCAGUAGUUAAAGGAUUGACAACCAACAAUUGGUUGCCCCGGGUCGAUCCGGUCGGGACACCCAAAGCAGUAGCCGCCAUCCAACGUGAUUCAGACAACGAAAGGGGUGCCACCCGAUCAGCCGCCGUCAAAUCAACGAAAACCCCCGUCGCGGUUUGCCCUCAACCCAAGAAGGCCAUUCCUGGACAGCAGGCAAAGCGGGACCUGAUUACCCGUCCCGCGACGCGUCGCGCAAGGUUUACGGCCGCCAACCUGUCGGCGCUGAUGCUGAAGUCAUCGGCCCCAACCCUACCGGAUAAACCAAGCAAGGACGCGAUGACCGAGCCGAGCGUCGUGGUGGUGUGCGUGAAAGACGUGGGGCCAGAGGCCGCGGUCCCCGCUGUGAUCAUGGUAAAGGACGUGAUGAGCAUCCCGAUCGCCAGAGCACAACUGGAAAAUAGAAUGAUGCUGCUGGAUGGGGUGUUGAAGAAGGCAAACAAGAGCUGCAAGCCAAGACUGGAGGCUUUGGAGAUGCUAUGGUAA